UGUUCGUUGAGACGUAGCGAGUUGUGUUAGCGUCGUUUGAGUGUACAAUUUGUACCUUUAGUUUUUUUGAGAAGUGUUAAUUUCUCUCCAUAACAAUGUCUGGUCGUGGUAAAGGUGGCAAAGGUUUAGGAAAAGGAGGUGCAAAGCGUCAUCGUAAAGUUCUUCGUGAUAAUAUUCAAGGUAUUACCAAACCUGCUAUUCGUCGUCUUGCUCGUCGUGGUGGUGUAAAGCGUAUUUCUGGUUUGAUUUAUGAAGAAACUCGUGGCGUUUUGAAAGUUUUCCUAGAAAACGUGAUUCGUGAUGCCGUUACCUACACCGAACAUGCCAAGCGAAAAACUGUGACAGCUAUGGAUGUUGUCUAUGCUUUGAAACGCCAGGGCCGUACUCUGUACGGUUUUGGUGGAUGAAUUUUCCUUUUGUCGCGAGCUCUUGGAUGCUGCAAAUUCAUUCCUGCAUCGAUUUUAUUGGGCGGAUUUUGCCCCCCUCUGUCAAGUUUCGAACUAUUAUAUUAUCGUGCGUUUUUAAUAUCUUUACUUGUCUAAAUUUUAUGUAAAACGUGUAAGUGGAACGUGUAUAAUUUCACAUUUCAAUACUUUCUUCAGUGUUCUGUGUUGAAACAAUGUAAUCCAGAGCUCUGUUUCAUUUGUUGGUGUAAUGUUUAAUAAAUAAUUAUGAUUU